GGGCAUCUUCCUAGAAGCAGAGCGGUCAUGGAGGUGGUGCCGGCUGAGGUGAAUAGCUUGCUUCCAGAGGACAUAAUGGACACUGCUAUAACUUUAGUGGAGGAGGAUAGUAUUGAGGCUGUGAUUGUGUCAUCCCCAAUUCCCAUGGAGACACAACUGGAAGAAAUUGUCAGCAUAAAUUCUACUGGUGACUCUACAGCCACGCCCAUUUCCACGGAACCCAUCACAGUGUACAGUAACCACACUAACCAAGUCGCAGUGAAUACCACAGUUACUAAAGCAGAUUCUAAUACCACAGUGAAACCAGCAUUUCCAAGUGGCCUUCAAAAACUUGGUGCUCAGACUCCUGUGACUAUAUCAGCCAAUCAGAUUAUUCUAAACAAAGUAUCACAGACAUCUGAUCUUAAACUUGGCAAUCAGACCCUUAAACCAGAUGGACAGAAGUUAAUUUUAACAACUUUGGGCAAAUCUGGUUCACCAAUUGUUUUAGCACUACCCCAUAGCCAACUACCCCAGGCUCAGAAAGUUACAGCUCAGGCCCAGCCAGGAGAUGCUAAGUUGCCACCGCAGCAAAUUAAAGUAGUUACCAUUGGAGGGGGGCCAGAGGUGAAACCUGUCAUUGGUGUCUCAGCAUUGACCCCAGGAAGUCAACUGAUUAAUACUGCAACUCAGCCCUCUGUGUUACAGACCCAACAGUUAAAAACAGUACAGAUUGCUAAGAAGCCUCGAACACCAACCUCUGGUCCAGUGAUCACGAAGCUGAUCUUUGCAAAACCAAUUAAUAGUAAAGCGGUCACAGGACAGACAACUCAAGUGUCACCACCGGUCAUCACAGGUUAUAUUUCUUUAUAG